AUGCAAGACGCCGUGAAGACGGCACUCCAGUCACCACUUGGUGGUCCUAACUUUAUUUCUGAACAAGUUUGCGCUCAACUGACCCACUGCAGCUGUUCCGGAAGAGUGGCGAUGACGCGAGGGGCGGGUGUGCCCCCGCGCUUAUCAGGAGAUAAGCCGGCGGUUGAUAACGGCAGAGUCGCAAACGGAGGUGAGGCUUCACCGUGA